UAUCAGUGACGUGGCACUAAACCAGCCACCGUCCUCCUCCGAGUGAGUAUUUCAUCACCACCGACCACCGUCUUCUCUUCCUUCUCACUCUUCACUCGACACCUAAAAUUCGUUUUUUUGAGAAAAAAUGUCCAAGUAUCUUCUCCUUCAUACUGCUCAUCUGACCUCAAUUCAUCUGCGGGCCAGCGUUUCCUCCUUCUUAUCCCCAAAAACGACGCCGUCGUCAGUGGUUAGCAUCUCCACUUCUCGGCCUCUCUAUGACUCUUUGGACUUACAUAGAAGCUUCUCGAUUAAAGCGUUCGACACUAAAAACGACAACCUACCGUCGUCCUCAGAGGAGGAUAAAGCGGCUGAUGCUAAAGUGAGGGCGGCGGAAGCUGAAAUUGAUGGUGAAAAUGGAGAUUUGAAAGGUAGUGGCAGUGAGUAUAAUGAUGAUAAGUAUCCGAGUGGCGAGUUUCAGUUCCGCGAGUACGGCGCGUGGAAAAGCUUCGUCGUCAAAUGUAAAAUGCUCUUUGCCUUUCCUUGGGAGCGCGUACGUAAAGGCAGUGUUUUGACUAUGAAAUUGCGGGGACAGAUAACUGAUCAGCUAAAGAGCCGUUUCUCUUCAGGACUUUCAGUGCCUCAAAUAUGCGAGAACCUUAUAAAAGCAGCUUAUGAUCCUCGUAUCUCUGGUGUAUAUCUUCACAUUGAGCCAUUGAACUGUGGCUGGGGUAAAAUUGAAGAAAUUCGAAGGCAUAUUUUGGAUUUUAAGAAAUCAGGCAAGUUUAUUGUGGGUUAUGCACCAGCAUGUGGAGAGAAAGAGUAUUAUAUUGGCUGUGCCUGUGAAGAGCUUUAUGCUCCUCCAAGUGCUUACUUUGCAUUGUUUGGCUUCGCAGUUCAAGCAUCAUUCCUGGGAGGUGUCCUUGAGAACAUUGGAAUUGAGCCACAAGUGCAAAGGAUUGGCAAAUAUAAAAGUGCUGGAGAUCAACUCACUCGGAAAAAUAUAUCUGAAGAAAACAGGGAGAUGCUAACCAAAUUGCUUGACAAUAUUUAUAUCCAUUGGCUCGAUAAAAUCGCUGUUGCAAGAGGAAAGAAGCAAGAAGAUUUACAAAACUUUAUAGAUGAAGGUGUAUACCAAGUUGAAAGGUUGAAAGAAGAGGGCUUGAUUACUGAUAUAAAGUAUGAUGAUGAGGUCAGGGCAAUGUUGAAGGAGCGCUUGAAACUUCCAAAGGAUAAAAGUCUUCCCAUGGUUGAUUACAGAAAAUACUCAGGAGUUAGGAGAUGGACGCUUGGUUUAACAGGUUAUAAAGACCAGAUAGCUGUAAUUAGAGCCUCCGGAAGCAUUAGUCGUGCACGUGGUCCUUUUAGUACACGUGGUACGGGAAUUAUUGCUGAGGAUAUUAUUGAGAAGAUUCAAACCGUAAGAGAGUCGAAAAGGUACAAGGCUGUUAUCAUCCGCAUUGAUAGUCCAGGAGGUGAUGCUCUCGCAUCUGAUUUAAUGUGGAGAGAAAUCAGACUCUUGGCCGACUCUAAGCCUGUUGUUGCAUCAAUGGCUGAUGUGGCAGCUAGUGGAGGAUAUUAUAUGGCAAUGGGAACUGGAAUUAUAGUUGCAGAAAAUCUAACAUUGACUGGUUCAAUUGGAGUUGUGACAGGAAAGUUCAAUCUGGGAAAAUUAUAUGAAAAGAUUGGCUUUAACAAGGAGAUAAUAUCAAGGGGGAGAUAUGCUGAGCUCACUGCUGCAGAACAACGGCCAUUUAGACCUGAUGAGGCAGAACUCUUUGCUAAGUCUGCCCAGAAUGCAUAUAAGCAGUUUCGGGACAAGGCUGCCUUCUCAAGAUCAAUGCAUGUUGAUAAAAUGGAGGAGGUUGCACAAGGUAGGGUGUGGACUGGCAAUGAUGCUGCUUCACGAGGUUUGAUUGAUGCAAUUGGUGGGCUUUCUCGAGCUGUUGCUAUAGCCAAACAAAAGGCAAAUAUACCUCAGGAUCAGGAGGUUACACUUGUUGAGCUGGUCAAACCAUCACCAUCGCUGCCAGAGAUUUUAACUGGCAUAGGAAACUCUCUUGUCGGAGCAGACAGAAUUUUGAAACAACUAUUGGAUGAAUUGGCAGUUUCUGAUGGAAUUCAAGCGCGCAUGGACGGGAUUAUGUUUCAAAAGUUGGAAGGGGCUGAUUAUUCCAGUCCUAUAUUGACAAUGCUGAAAGAUUACCUGGGUUCAUUUUGACUUUAAUGUAUAAUUGGUCGCUUCCAAAUGUUUCAUCCUGCUUACGCUUCUGUCCAUCGGGAGAAUAUAUUCCUAGAUGGGCGUUGAGACAUAUUCUUGUACAAAAAGAUCUCUACACCGUGUACACGAACACAAAUUGAAAAAUGAGGGUAGAAAGAAAACCAAUUUCUGCCCUCGUCAUUUUCUGUCUCCAUUUCCAUAUUGAUUCCCCAGACGUUAAAUGUACACAAUAUAGGCUGGUCUGUAUGUUAUGGGGCGACA